AUGCCGCGCAGAAAGAUGCCUGAUGCGAAGGACCGUCGGAAGCGCCAAAACGCCGACGCCCAGCGGGCAUACCGCGCGAGGCAGAAGACCAAAGUCCGGCAUCUGGAGCAGAUGGUCGCCGCUGCGUGGGUAACGCAAGAACCAACGGAAGACUGCGUCAAGGAGGUUGUAACCUACCCUCCUACUCGCUAUGCGGUGGACGAGCCAUCGAAUAGCAAGGCAGACACAUAUACUGCUUCAUGCAAUAUUACAGCUUCGGAUAUUUACCGGGCGUUGCUAUCCCUUUCAGCCCUUGAAAAUAGGAAAGGCUGGGGCAUCAUAGUGAGGGAGAACUUUACACUUCGUGACGUUGUCAAGUACGGAUUGAUAGCCAUGGGAUACUCCAUGGACCCUGUACUUUACGAUAGCGCUUUGUCGCUGUCAUCGCGUGAGUGGAUCGCAACUGUGAAGGCGCGAUGCGGCAGUGUCGACAUGAGGCAGGUUGUCAUUGCCGGCCUCAGGAUACUGGCUCAUCUUACGGCACCGAAUGAGCAGCCGGCACUUGAAUGGCUCCAACCAAUUUGGCCCAGCCCCUCCAGAGGCGUCCUUCACCUAAGGUCAAUUUCAUACGCGUCGGCAAUGCGUGCGAUAGCAGCUCAGCUCAGCAUAACGACAGAGUAUCUGAUGGACGAGAACGCGCAGUCACCAUUCUACAGCAUUGCACAUAGUCCUCUGAGCGAACACGACAACAACUCAGGCGACAAUGACACAGAUCUUCAAAAGAUCACUCCGGAUCUGAGGCCGACUUUCAUCCAGCGUGCUCGUGCUCAUCAUCCUUGCUUCGACUUGAUCCCCUGGCCAUCUUUCCGCUCCAACGUCAUCGCACUCGCUUCCGAGGCCUCGCCGCAGAUAGACGAGGAUGACCUCUGUAUCGACAUGCUGGGCGAAGGAAUUCAAUGCUGGGGCUCCGUAAUGGGCUCCAUGCAUGGGCGUGGGAACGGUGUGCCGUGGGAUGGCCGCAGCUGGGAAGCGAUGCCAUGGUUUUUGGAAAAAUGGAAAGGAGUAAUAAGAGAUGAUCAAGACGGCAUAAUACAUAACAGUGCUUGGUGGAGGAGUUUACGGGGCUGUUAA